CUUACAAAUGAUAUAUAAUCUCUCCUCCACACCCUGGCUCAGUACAGUGUAGUAUGCACUCUUCACUGCUCUCACUGUUCGUGACACACUCUCUCUCGCAGUGCAGAAAUUCGAAACCCUAACUUGCAAUCAAUGGCGAUCCCAUCACAAUCAACCGCGAGUUUCUCACCUUCCUUCAUCUCCACUCGGACCGAUUUGACUCACCUCACACGCUUCCCAUGCCGAGUCACCAUGACUCAGUUACGCGGAACCCGAACUCGCCGACUCGCCGUCUCUUCUCGUCUCAACUCGUCCCUAUCCUCGUCCGUCUCGCCGGACAACAACGGCGAUGUUCCCUACGAGCUCCACCAUGACCUUUCCCCGCAGCGUCGGAGGCGGGAAUCGCCGGUGUUCGUGACGCUUCCAGUGAACACCGUCGGUGUAGAGGGCAGGAUUUGGAGGCCCAAAGCUAUGAUGCAGUCCCUCAAGGCGCUCGCCGCCGCGGGUGUGGAAGGCGUGGCUUUGGAGAUUUGGUGGGGGUUGGUGGAGAGGAAUGAGCCUAGGGUUUAUGAUUGGAGAGGGUAUCGUGAACUGGUCAUGAUGGCUAGCAUGUGUGGUCUCAAGGUUCGUGCUGUUCUUGCGUUUCACCAGCAUGGAACAGUCCCUGAUGAUCCCAAUUGGAUACCGCUUCCUCUCUGGGUGCUUGAUGAGAUGAACAAAGAUCCAGACUUAGCAUAUUCUGACAGAUUUGGAAGAAGAAAUGCUGAGUACAUUUCCCUUGGAUGUGAUAUCCUUCCUGUGCUACGUGGACGGUCUCCUAUUCAAGCAUAUGCAGAUUUUAUGCGGAGUUUCAGGGAUACUUUCAGGCCCUCACUUGGUGUUAUCAUUAUAGGAGUACAGAUUGGCAUGGGUCCUGGUGGUGAACUAAGAUAUCCUUCAUUCUCUUUCCAAAAGCCAAAUUUGGCUUGGCCUCAUGAACUUGGAGAGUUUCAGUGCUAUGAUAAGUAUAUGCUUGCUUCUCUAAACGCUUCUGCAAGAAAUAUUGGAAAGCGUGAAUGGGGAAAUGGUGGUCCAUUUGGCACUGGAAGUUUGAUGCGAAAUCCUGAGCAUACUGAAUUCUUUAAAAAUGGGGAUGGUUCUUGGAACACACCAUAUGGUCAAUUUUUCCUUGAAUGGUACUCAGAUAUGCUGCUAAUGCAUGGCGAGAGAAUUUGUAGGGAAGCAGAAACUAUAUUUAGAGGUACUGAAGUCCAUAUAUCAGCAAAAGUGGCUGCUAUUCACUGGCACUAUGUCACACAAUCCCAUCCAUCAGAGUUAACAGCAGGCUACUAUAACACUUCAAACAGGGAUGGGUACUUACCCAUUGCUCGCAUGUUUAGUAAAUAUGGAUUCUCAUUGUGCUGCUCUUGUUUUGAAAUGCAAGAUGAAGUAAUGAAGAAGAUCAAUCCAGAUGGUAGCCCUGAAGGUUUUCUUAGACAGCUUUUGCUGACUGCUAGGCUCUGUGACAUAUCACUCGAAGGUCAAAAUUUUUCAACUGAUUUGGAUGAUGAUGGGUUUUCCCAGGUGCUAAAGAUGUCCACAUAUUACUCGAGCGGGAUUGAGAAGCGUCCCUUUUCGUUCAACUUUGUAAGAAUGGGCAGAAAUAUGUUUGAACCCCGAAAUUGGGAUCGGUUUACUCGUUUUGUGAGGCAAAUGUCUGAUAGGAACAUUUUUCGAGCCAGAUUAAGUUCUGUUGGUCACAAAAGGUUGAAGACCACACAAUGGGCUGCAGAGUUAGGACUAUUGUACCAGCUCUACCAGCUCUGUUGAAACUAGGUUCGACCUCUGUUGUAGAAGGUAUACUUUACUAUUAUCACCAUCGUUGGAUGAAAAUCUAAUGGCCUUCUGUCUAGUGUUGUAAAAUGUGCAGUUACUGCUGAUUCUUCGCAUGAUUCUUUUAUUGCUUUUCGGCUACUAGUUACCUCUUUGAAUUGCCACAUUACACUGCCUUCCAGAUUUUUUAUAUGGUUGGCAUGUUAUCCACUUGUACCUAUAUUUCAAAUAGACUGAAUAUUGAAACCAGAUAGUACCUUUUUAA